CUCCGAUUGGAUAUUGACUCCAAAGUUCAAGAGAUUUUUAACAGAAUGGAUGUCAAUAAGGACGGAGUGCUCAGCAAAGAGGAAUUCAUACGUGGCUUCAAAACGGAUCCCCAAAUAUUAAGUGCUUUAGUGGCCGAACAGUGCUCUACGACCGCCACUACCGACCAAACCGUUAGGAAUAAUAAUAAUGAAAGACAUUCUUUGGCCUCGAAAUGAAAAACUAUUAUCAAUUCCUGUCGAUUGACAACAAUACUAACAAUUACUGUGAAAAUUCUGUUCACAAAUACACCAAUUCUUAUGAACUAUUAAAUGAA